GGAGCCGUUUCUUUUGGGAGUUUGGAAUUUUAGAGUAAUUGUUAGAAGUAAGCACAAUUUGCUGCCUUUGAUGUAGCUAGGCUAGGCUAGUUGUCAGCGAAUUACGCCUACGUUCAUUCAGGAAAGCGUAACCAAGGUAACUAGCUAGCUAGCCUCGCGUGAUUCGUCCAAUAUCUCGCGAGAGUCCUGGUAGGGGAGAAAAAGAAUGGUGGGCGAUGAUGUUUAUGGAUAUCUAGCCUUGUAAAGUAGCCUAUUUCAAUUAGCCAAGCGGUAUCUCCCACCAUGCAAUUAAUAGAACGUUUUUAGCGUUAACCCCACUCUAAAGUACUGAAUAAUAAGCUGUCCCAAGAUACUCUUAUCUUUAUUGUAGCUAGUUCUAGUUAGCCUAGCUUGUUCGACUAACGUUACUUUUACACUGUAGCGAACUAGCGAGCCCUUGCUAACAUUAUGGAGUUAGCUUGCUAACGUUAGCUAGCUCGUGCUAAUUACCAGUGGGAUUUUCUCAAUCAAAUGUAGGGCUAGUUCUGCUAGCUGGGUUGCAGAUGUAUGUGCACAUAGAUUCCAAUAGCCUUUCACAAUAGUGUGCUUAGGAGUUCUAGCUUGCGACACCUCCAUGAUUUUAAGUGGACCUAGUAAUAACUGGCCAGACUCAAGACGAGACCAGCGUUUGUUUACAUAAAGAAGAGCGCGCGUGGGAUUCCCAGGCAGGUUUCACAGUUAACUAACUUUAGCUAGGUGGAGAUCGGGUGCGGUAUCCGUAUUGCUACGUGUAUUUCUGGAAGAAGUCGACAUGCAUUGCCUCGGUCUUCAAAUUAGCUUAGACCAGUGUCAAAAUGCGUGAGGAAACGGGAUGUUCAUCCACCUGCACUCGUCGUCGGAGUCGAGACAAAGAGAGGAUUGUACACGCGCCUGUGGCUCCAAUGUUACUAGAAUUGAACAUGCCUAUUAGUUUGCUACUGUCCGAUGUGGUUCUUCUGGCAUUCAAAUAGUUAGCUAUUUAGCAUAUGUAAUAACAGAUUGCAGUGUAAUAAGCUAGUUUGAUAGCUUACUAUCAAAACCGUGAUCAACAGCAUCCAGCCUGUGUAAAACGGCAGUUUAAAUUGUGGCUAACUAGCACGAGAAGCUGGGUGCUUGAACGGGUUGCUUUCUAGUUAACACAUGUAGCUAACUAACCAUCAUUCACAUACCGGUACGGUAUCACAUGAUAAUGCAUUUUCAGCUGUAUAAAGUAAUGGAGAGAACAGUAGUCAAUGGUGAUGCCUCUUCUAGUCUAGCCAACUGGCUAGCUAGCUACAUUUGCUUGAUUUGAUUCGGCAGUGACGGUAGCAUGCAUGCAGUUGCGUGCAAAAGCUAUUGAGCAAUCGCUCAUUAACAAAUUGGGCGAUUGACGUUCCACGGGGACCAGAUUUAGCCGAGACAGCACCUUGUCGGUGAACGGGGGAUCCCCUCUGUCUCGCAACGUCUGGAUUUGUCGGUGUGUGUUUUCCCCGGGCCUGGCUGACACUUUGAUUCCGAUAUGAACCCCGAGAAUGCCACCGCUUUGUACGUGUCCGCCUGCCGGUCCGUGCUGCAGUGCGACCCGCGGCAGCACCAGACCUUCUCGGAGAUGUACAAGCUGUUGCCGUUCUUCCGACAGUCCCUCUCCUGCCUGGUUUGCGGAAGCCUGGUUCAGGACCCUAUAGCCCCCACUAACUCUUCAUGUCAGCACUACGUGUGCCGGGCCUGUAAGGGCCAGAAAAUGCUUCUGAAGCCCUCCUGUAGCUGGUGUAAAGACUACUCCUGCUUCCAGGAGAACAGACAGCUGUCCCUGCUGGUCCACUGCUAUAGGCAGCUGUGCCUGUACAUCACCCACUCUCCGCUGCUCAAGCAAAUCAACAGCCAGGUGGGUGGGUCUCCGGAGCUGAUGACUCUGCUGGAGGAGGUGCUGGUGUCCAAGGAGGAGGAAAAGGAGGAGACGGAGGAGUUAAGCCCAGACAUGGAAGAACUGAAGCCUUCUCCCUCUCUGACACCCAUCGCUCCUCCCCCCACCGAGAACCCUCCGGAACGAUCUCACCCGACCUCCUCGAGCCUGAACUGGCCGCAAGGCUGCAACGGAGCGGGGUUGGAGGACCUGGAGCCGUCAUCACCAGAGCUGGAGGUGUGUGAGCCAGUGGAAGAGAUGCUGCUGCAGGCUCCAGGGCUGCUCUCCGAGCCAGGGUCUGGGUCCAGGCCUGGGUGCAAGGAGAGGGACUCUGGGCCUGGCUGUGGGGGACUGGAAGUGACCCCUGGACCCCUGGUGCCCACGCGUGUGUGCUCUUUUGGGGAGGGGCGCUCUGCCAGGGUGGAGGACGGGGAGGUGUUGCUGCUCAGUGUCGAGGAGGUGUUACAGACUCUGGAUCCGGUCUCCCCCAGAGACUCCCUCGUUCAGAGUCCCACAUACACACACGCACAGCCCGACAGGACACACACUCCUUUGCACGCACAGUCCGACCGGUCGCACGCUCACACACACCACCCGUCCAACAGGACGUGCGCCCCCCCGCGGCCCGCUCCCACCACUGCCCCCCAGCCCCCCCUGGUGCGCCCAAACAGGAAACGCUCUCGUUCAGAGAGCGACCGUGAGAGAGUCCAGCCCCUGCCCAUCUCCAGCAUCCUGCAAGGGGCCCCCCCUCAGACCCCCACCCAGCCCACCCCCUCACAGAGCCUCCCCACCCACACAUACUCCGCCCUUUCCAACGGUGGGGCUCCUCCCAAGCCCGCCCGUCCGCCCCUGACCUCCAGCAAGGCUGGGAGGAAACACCCGGAGCAGGGCCCCAAGAGGCCCCAUGCCAAGGCCCGAGCCGGAGGCCCCAAGGCCAAGGACAGGAGCCGGGAUCACCGCCUGCUCUCGGGCUGCCUGCUGCCCCCCAUCCCUGCCAAGCCCCUCUACAAGAAGCCCGCAGAGAAGAAGGGCUGCAAGUGUGGCAGGGCCACCCAGAACCCCUCGGUGCUCACCUGCCGGGGCCAGCGCUGCCCCUGUUACUCCAACCGCAAGGCGUGUCUGGACUGCAUCUGUCGGGGCUGCCAGAACUCCUACAUGGCCAACGGAGAAAAGAAGCUUGAGGCGUUUGCCGUGCCGGAGAAGGCCCUGGAGCAGACACGCCUCACGCUCGGCAUCAACCUCACCAGCAUCGCUGCCGCCGCUGCUCUGCGCAGCCCACCCGCCAACAGCGUCCAUGGCAACAGCCUCCUCAAUGUCACCACGGCGACAGGGACACCCGUGGCCGCUGCCUUUCUGUCGCCCAGCCCUCCCCGAGACCCCGCCUACCAGGAUGCCCUGGACCUCGGCUUCCACUGCUGAUUGGAGGAUGGUUCGGAUUCCUGAUUGGCCGAUGAGCUAUUACUUUCGGUGCUGAUUCACCGAUGGUGGUUCCAGAUGGGUGUCAGUCUCCUGGCUCCUCCUAUAGGGAGUUGAGGCACCUAUAGACCUGAGCUGUCCUCUCUUGACUUCUCCUGUUAUGUAGAAUGUGUGUGUAUGGAAUUGUGUGUGCGCUAUUGAACCGGUGGGUCAUACAGCAUGCUACCAGAUCACACUCCAAACACUUAGAGAAGCCGGCCUGCAGUGUUUGUGUGUCAGCCGUCCUCGGUGUGAUGUAUAGGGGGAUGGGAGACAACGGAGGGACCCUGGCAUAGGCUUUCCACAGCUGUCUACAGACAAGAUGAGGAUGUUGUCUGUAUGAGCAGUGUAGGAAUCAUCUAGGUGGUGUUCAGGAAGACAGAUUGUGACACAACUGUCGGGUGCGUUCUUGCAGGUACUUGAAGACAACGCAUGAUGCUGGCAAAAAGGGCAGGACCUAAGCACUUACUGAUUCAUUGGCCAAAUAACAACGAAGCCCUAGUUACUAUAGUAACAGCACCACUCUACCCUUAUAAGUACCCUUUCAACCGGUAUUAAAUCAGUUACUCACAUGCAACCCUACCCCACCUGACAGAGACAUAGAUAGUAUUGUUUACAUUGUCACUCACUGACAUAAAGAUAGGACCUAGGUGUGUGAGUGUGGAGGCAGGAGGGAGAGUCAGGUAGAUCAUGAAUUCAUAGACAGAAUGGUUGUUUUUGUCCAGACAGAGCACUCUCUCUGUGUCCAGUCUUUGCUGUUGUAGUGUUCUGACUGACCCGUGACAAAACUAGAGACUAUUUUUGAUAUUGCGUGUCGGGGUCUCGUUGGAGAGACUAGCGCUGUGUUAAGAUUUCUGUGUUUUCUGUUCAAACACCUUGAAGCCCUCAUAUACCUCCGAGGGCAUGUCGGUGUUUGUGUUCCUUUGCUCUGUCUGUCUGUCACUCCUGUGACCAAAAAGAAGGGAGAUGUUUACCGUGUACCUGUGCCAUCAGAAGUCUCAAUUGGACGGCAACCUGUUGCUACGAUUACAGAAAAACUGUUUGAACACCUGACGUGGACUCGGACAGAACCAACCCCUUAUUGGCCCUCCGUCUGUAGACCUGGGUGGAAGUGGGUCAGGACACCGUAGGGGACCUGUGUCUGUCAGUGUGUUACUGCUGGGCAUUACUUGAACUCCCGAUUUAAAGUUUUAAUUUGUAUUUUUUCUGACUACAGUUUUUGUUGCAAUAGAGCCUCUGGUUUUACUGUUGUUGGAACAUUCACUGCCACAUUAGGAAACAUAUAUAAUGCAACAUGAAAUGAAAUAAAUUGACCUUUGUCUAGACUGGA